AGGGAUAGAACGAUAUUUGCCUAAACGCAACGUUUGUUAUGCAUAAAAAUGGACAAUGAUUGGAGUGAUAGGUCCUGCAAAAGUUGCUUUACUGCUGGAAAAAGAACUUACCACCUUUCCAUCAUCUUCGUCUUCAUGGACAACCUGGAAAAUUUUUUUACAAUACAGCAUAGUUUAUAACCUCAAACCUGAGCCACCACAUUUCCCGAAGAACUUUUCUCGCGACUGGCAUGUUUCUUUUUGUGAGUUCUUCUCUGAAGUAAUAGUUGUUGUUUGUUUCGUAAAGUCGAAUGAUUGGCGCAUAAUGAACUCUUACACUCAUUCUUUCCUUCCCUGAAUCCAUUCUUCUGUGC